AUGGCUUGGCCUCGAAGUCUUCCUCCGCAUCUUCGCAUCUCUUCGGAUAGGUCAUCUGAAAGCACGAUAUCUCGACGACAAGCUAUACUCUGUAGGACUAGCUUUUUACACGCACGAAUUCUUCUCUUUCGGCCAAUACUUGCCAAGUUCUGUCUACCUGAACCACAACUACCAGCCACAGACACUUUGGCAGAUGACAGUCUUACGCAACGCGUGAUGCAGCAAUGCUCUAAUCUCUGCCUCAUGGCUGCGCACGAUUUAAUUGCUGUUAUAUACGCCAAUUUGGACGUUGAACCUUCCUCACCACUCCCGGCAUGGUGGUAUUGUGUCUUUUAUGUCUAUACAGCGGCCACUAUUUUGCUUGCGGCGCAAAUUAAGCCUGUCAUAGAAGAAGGCUCUGUGGCUUAUUCACGUAGUGAAUCAUGGGAUCAUGCUAUGACCAUUCUCAAGUCUUAUCAGAGGUAUGGCGAAUCAGCUCGAAGAUGCAUGGCAACACUGAAGCUCUUGUCAUCCAAAAUUUUCGAAACUACAGCUGUCCAGACAUGCAACAUCAAGUCCGGUCCCGAAUCUCAUGAAAAUUUCGUCAACAGUGACUCACUAGAAGACGAGCCGCAAGGUCCAGAGUUUGGGAUGGAAUUUGAUGUUAGUGGUUUUGCAUUUGACAUGAAUGAUAUGUCUUGGCUCGACAGUAUGGCAGGAAAUCUUUAA